CUAACACGAGAACGGUUUCUAAAGCUUACGAUCAUCAUCGCACUGAUGUGUCGUUGAAAACACGCGCUUUCAAUGUUUUUUUGGUUGUCGGUGAUUGCGUGUUGGUCGGUUUACAGUUCCAAGAGCUCUCUGUUUUAGCAUUGUGAGGUCCCAUAUUCGGAACAAACCAUUGAGAAAUUCGGGAGCUAAUAAAGGGUAGGAUGAAGGAGCUGGAUUAUAUUGAAUCGGAUAUUUUGGCCUACCAUGUUCUUUCUUUGACUACAAGGGUCGUUUAUCGUGAUGUUUACUUCUGCUGGUUUUUCGCUUGAUUGGGCCUAUACUUGUAUAUAUGUCAAAAGUUGACGGCAAAUUCGAAUUUAGUCCCAUUAGUGUUAAUUUCUUGACUGAGUUAGCAAAAGUUGCAUUUGCAGUAGUAAUGCUAUGCUUACAGGCUCGAGGCCAGAAGGCUGGUGAGAAGUCUCUUCUCUCUUUCUCCACAUUGUUCCAGGCUGCUCGGAACAAUGUGCUUCUGGCUGUUCCAGCUCUGCUUUAUGCUAUUAAUAACUACCUGAAGUUUAUUAUGCAGUUAUAUUUUAACCCUGCUACUGUAAAGAUGCUGAGUAACUUGAAGGUUUUGGUAAUUGCAAUCUUGUUAAAGAUGAUUAUGAAACGUCGUUUUUCCAUAAUUCAGUGGGAGGCUCUUGCACUAUUGCUUAUUGGCAUCAGUGUGAAUCAGCUGCGCACUUUGCCGGAAGGUACAACAGCUUUGGGUCUUCCAGUGACAACAGGCGCAUAUUUGUAUACCAUGAUUUUCGUCACUGUUCCUUCACUGGCUUCUGUCUACAAUGAAUAUGCUUUGAAGAGCCAAUUCGAGACUAGCAUUUAUCUUCAGAAUUUGUUUUUGUACGGAUAUGGUGCGAUCUUCAACUUCCUAGGCAUACUUGGAACUGCCAUUUUCAAAGGACCUGACAGUUUGGAUAUCUUACGGGGACACUCACGAGCAACAAUGUUUUUGAUAUGCAACAAUGCAGCUCAGGGAAUCCUGUCUUCGUUUUUCUUCAAGUAUGCAGAUACAAUUCUGAAGAAGUAUUCAUCAACUGUUGCCACUAUUUUUACUGGAAUAGCAUCUGCUGUUCUGUUUGGACAUACCCUUACAAUGAACUUUAUUUUAGGAAUCUCUAUUGUGUUUAUCUCGAUGCAUCAGUUCUUUUCACCUCUUGCAAAGGUCAAGGAUGAGACACAAAACGAUAGUUUGGAAAUGGAUUCUCAGAAAAACUACAGGUCAAAGGAUGGAUCCUUCAUAAAUAUGGCCGCUGGAGCAAAUGAAGAUGCUAGCCAUCGCGUUGGACCUGAUGAGAAAGAACCCCUUCUUCCACGUUAGGUAUUACAGGUACGCACUCUCCUGGCACUUUUUUGCCCUGUUGAAUGAUAUCUGCAAUAUAAUGAUUACAUUUGCAGUCUCAGUUGUCAGACAGGUUGAUACAUAGCGGACUUUCAAUAUUUAGUUGAUAUGUUUCAGCGUCUUUGAUGGGUGGUUUUAGAGAAGGUGUUAAGACCUGUGUCAUUUACUAAUAUGCCCUGGCCAAACUUUAGGUCUGCUAUUUGAUCCCAUUUAAAUUGAUGAUGCCUUUAGACAAAUCAGGUUUAUACCUAAAAGUAUUUGGCACAACCUACUCUAUAUUCCUAAUUAAAUAUUCAAUAAUAUUAUCUUAGCAUCCCGAUCAUGUAUUUGGCUGAAGCCCACAUGCAAGACUCUUGUCUUUUGUCAAUGGAUGUAGGCAUUUGCCAGUGAUAUCAUUA